AUGGAGCGAAAAAAUAUAUUUCAUUUCAUGUUAUUAAUUUGUCUUUGCGAAUUUAAAUAUGCCGACUGCAUCAAACCAGCAUCUCUAGAGAAUACUUUCAAUAAAGGAGUGAUGGCCUACUCUACAGAGAGAUGGUCGUUGUGCAUUGAAAAAUUUGAAGAAGCUUUGCAUCUCUACAAACUAUACAAGUCAAUUCUAGUUAACUGUAGAUUGAAAUGUAACACUGAAACUUAUGAAUGCCAAAUCAAAGACGAUAUUGCUGAUCUGAAGAUUUAUGAAAAAUAUUUCAAUAAAAGGAACUGUCUUAACAUUUGUCAGGAUAAAGAAUUUAAAAAUUUGAAUCUUAACAGAAGCCUUGAAGAUUCUGUACUCCAUGAUAUGCAGGCCAAGAAACCUUACGAAUAUCUUCAUAUAUGCUAUUUUCAACAAAGGAUGUUCCAGAAAGCUGCUUCGGCUGCCUACACAUACUUAGUUGCCAACCCUAAUGAUGACACCAUGCAAGAUAAUAUGCACUAUUAUAUAGCACAGCCAGAAAUAGACCCUAAGGAGAUAGUUGAUAUGGAAAGCGAGGACUAUGUUGUUAUGUACAAUUUAGGUAAGAAAUCCUACAAACAGAAUAACUGGGAAGAAACAGUAGCUAGCAUGGAAGAAGUUAUAAAAGACUAUUUGGCUUUUGAAAGCAAUUGUCGUGUAGAAUGUGAGCGGCAACCGGGACAAGAAUGGUCCUCAGAAUUUGUAAUAACAAUGUCAAACAAUAUGGCGUCUCUUUUACACUGCCACCAACAAUGCCAAGAUAAACUGAAGUUCCUUAAAUAUAACUCUGGAGUAGAGUUUAUUGCAGAUGUACUUAAUUAUAUACAAGUAGCAUAUUUCCACCUUGAAAAAUUCAAUGAAGCUGCAGAGGCUGUUGCAAGUUAUUUGGUUCUGAUGCCUGAGGAUGAGGAUAUGUUGGAAAAUGUCAAAUUUUAUAGAAAACGUGUCGAUGAAAAAGCUUUUGUUCCCCGAGCUGAAAUAGUGUACUAUUUGAAACGUGAUACAUAUGAGAAGAAUCUUCUUUUAUUUUUUCAUCAAGGAAAGAAGCAGGAUAUUGACUUUGACGCUAUUCUCAAAACUUAUAAUUUUUUAAAAUAA